AUAGAACAUCAUCCACAUACUUGAAUCGCCUCUAAUCUCUCUAGACGAUGGUAGCUAACGGUCAUGCCCCUAAUGGAAGCGCAGAGGCGCCAUUCGAUGUCUCCGCUGUACCAUCUGUUGUCGGCAUAAAUUUUGGCAACUCUUAUGCGUCUAUAUCUGAAGGAUUAGCUGAAUGUAUAGCCAAUGAGGACGGUGAGCGCCAGAUCGCUUGUGCCAUCGCUUUUCAAGGAGAGGAGAUGUACAUUGGGAAUCAAGCUAAACACCAACUUGUUAAAAACUCUCAAAAUACCAUCACUGGUUUCCGUAAUCUGCUUGGUAAAAAAUUCUCCGAGAUACCCCAAUCAAGCUUGACUGUCUCUGCACCUGUCAUCCAACACCCGUCUCUCCCUGAUACACCCGCCUAUAGAGUUCAGGUUCUCCAAGCUUCUCCUACGCCCCUUCCCAUCACUGCAACGAACACUCCUGCUGCCUCUCAAACUGCCACUCCUCGCUCGGAACCCGUUUCUGUAGAACGCAUAUUGUCUGUAUCAGAAGUAAACGUCAUAUUUUUGGGUUCUCUUCUCCAGUCUGCCGAAGAUUUCCUUGGCAAAAAGGUCUUGGGCGCCGUCAUCAGCAUUCCUUCCUGGUUCGAUGAUGCUCAAAGAGACGCUUUGACCAACGCUGCCGAAGAAGCAGGGGUGAAAGUUCUUCAAUUGCUGGACGAUGCCGGCGCUGUUGCUGUCUGCACUGCCGUAGGACCAGAGGAUGUUCCAGCUGAUCGUACUCAACUGAUCGUCGAUUUCGGUGCAUCCUCGCUGGAGCUCUCAUUGCUUUCCAUCCGUGAAGGCCUUGCAUACUCCCUUGCUACUCUCUCAGACCCAAGUGUGGGAGGUGAUGAGAUUGACUCCAAACUUAUCAAAUUCUUCGCGAAAGAAUUUACCAAAAAGACCAAAACGCCAUUGACAGUAUCGCCCGCAACCGACCCCCUUGAUAAACGUGCGGAGGCCAAACUAAGGCUGGCCGUGGAACAUACCAAACGCACUCUCAGUGCAAGUCCCGGAGCUGCUACAUGCUCUGUGGAAUCUCUGAAAGACGGGCUAGAUUUCACCGGAUCCAUCAACAGGCUUCGAUUUGACAUGGAAAUGCGUACCAUCUACGAUAAAGUCUACUCAAAAGUUAAAGAGCUCAUCGCCAGCGUUAAUCUGGAUUUGUAUGACGUCGACGAAAUCGUUUAUAUUGGUGGCUCGGCCUGCCUACCCGGGUUGGAUGAAACGCUUGCUGAGGGCUUUGUAGAGUCUGUCAUUACGCCUUUCAAAGCAGGAACCGUCGUGGGCGGUGGCAUCGGCGAUCCCACUUCAAUCUUGGCACGGGGAUGUGCAAUACAGGCUCGUUUACUUGCUUCCCUUGCAGGAGAGAGCGAGGAAGUUCAGGAAAGCUUUGGGAGGAGCAGUACUCGAAGCACCGUAAAAUCAACGAGUAAAACCAUCAGUCUUUUAUUCCCUCAGGAGGGAGAUGAGGCAGGUGAACUAGGAGGAAAGUGGAUACCCAUUGUUUUGAAGGAGACCCCUAUACCAUGCAGGAGGACGGUCAGCCUUGAGAUCGAACUAGGGGAUUCCGCAGAAGGACGAAAAAUUGGUUUUGAAGUUUGGGAAGUAAGCGAGGGCGUCAAGGUUGAGCAGGUGCAGCCUCCGAAGGUAGAAGUUGAAGAUGACGAUGAGCCCGAAGAAGAAGAGCUGGAGGAGGUCAAGGAGAAGACACUUUCAAAAGAGGCCCUCUUAGCCUCACUUGCAGUGGAAGCAAAAAAUGCCAAGAAAAAAUCGGGCAAAUGGCAAACAAAGAUCGAGGCUCAGCUUAUAAUUUCGGAGAAUGGCGAUCUAAAUAUCAGCCUACAGGAGAUUGGAAAGGAUGGAAAGGGGGAGUUGAUUUCAACAAGUGUGUCUGCCUAGAUUUGCUCUCGCAAGGAUCAUAGACUCCCACGUUCCGACUUCAUGCCAUUGUGAUAAUUUACUGAAUCACCAGUGUUAAAUCAUGUCUGCUAGGUAUACCGAAUGUUAUUUCAUUUGGAGGCGACAAUUAACCCUACCUAACCA